AGGCUUGGGGUGGAGCAUGUAUAUAUUUUUAUCACCUAUGAUCAUUCCUUAUUGCAGGGUAAUAAACAUUAUCUAUAUAACAAUUUUCAGCUAAGUCACAAAUCUAUGCAGAUACAGGGAUAACUAACAGGGGUUUAGUAUGUUUAGUAGCUGUCAUCACACAACACUACACAAGAGCAAUUUAGUAAAAGAUGAAGCUUGUCCUCUGGAUAUUGUGCCUGCUGGGAACCUUUUUAUAUGGGGGGUCAUGUUUAAAGGUGCAAUAUAAUAGAGAUCAAGUGCUCCGAAUCAUCCCACAGACAGCAAAACAUGCUGAGCAUCUGCAAGAAUUAACCAAUCGCUGGCUGCUGGAUUUGUGGCAGCCAAACAUUCCUGAAGGAAUAAAUGCCGGAAGAGAGGUCCAUGUCCGAAUUCCAUCUUCUCAUGUUAAUGAAAUGAAAGAUACACUUCUCCAAUAUGAUAUCCCAUACAGUGUAUUAAUUGAUGAUGUGCAACAAAUGAUAGAUAUGAACAAUGUCUAUAAUAAAAAAAUGAAGGCUGUGUCUUUGGAAACAUAUGAUUAUACUCAAUAUCACCCCAUGGAUGAGAUCUAUGACUGGAUGGACCAGAUUAAAGAGAAACACCAAGACUUGGUGACUAAACUGUAUUUGGGAUCAACAUAUGAAAGACGAUCAAUAUACUAUUUUAGGAUUGGAUGGCCAUCUGAAAAGAAGAAAAAAGUCAUAUUUAUUGAUUGUGGAAUUCAUGCUAGAGAAUGGGUCUCUGUAGCUUUUUGUCAAUGGUUUGUAAAAGAGCUUCUUUCAACUCAUCAAACUGAUGCUAUUCUUGCCAAAGUCCUAAAAGAGGUUGAUUUCUACAUCGUACCUGUAUUUAACAUUGAUGGAUAUAUUUACACGUGGACAACGGAACGUCUUUGGAGAAAAAAUCGUGCACCAUUCAAUAAUGGAACCUGCUAUGGGGUAGACCUAAAUCGCAAUUUUGAUGUCCAGUGGUGCACUAUUGGUGCUUCAAGAAACUGUAGCACCAAUACUUUUUGUGGGCCAUCUCCAGCUUCAGAACUUGAAACAAAAGCAUUGGCUGGUCUUAUAGAAAGCAUCAAGCCUAGUAUUGUAUUUUACCUUACUAUGCAUUCCUAUGGGAAAAUGAUCCUCCUCCCAUAUGGUUACAAAGAUGACGUUUCAAAAGACCAUGAGUUAAUGAUGAAGGUUGCAACAAAAGCUAAUGAAAAAAUGAAGGAAAAACACAAUAACGAAUAUGCAGUUGGAGCUUCAGCUUCUGUAAUUGGUUAUUAUGAUUCUGGUUCAUCUGGAGAUUGGGCAACUGACAUUGGAAUAACAUUUUCAUAUACCUUUGAGCUAAGAGACAAUGGUACCUAUGGAUUCCAGCUUCCCCCGGAUCAAAUUAAGCCUACUUGUGAAGAAACCACCACUGCAGUAAUGUCCAUGGUAGAAUAUGUUCAUGACAACUAUCUUGAAAAUAGUGCUAUGGCAGUGACUGCUGUCUGGAUCAAUAUGUUUAUUUCAGUCAUUUGCUUACACUAUACAGUAAAUCAUUAAAUGCCUUAGGCUAAGUACACACCACGCCCUCAGCCUCUGAGCUCCCCAUUUU